GCGAAGCCGCUUUCCGUGACUUCGCAGUAACCUGGGAUCGGAGGACCGGCUGGGUUUCCCAGGUUGGGGUGUGUCGGGCAGCGAUGUUUUAAGUUGCUUUAGGGUUCCUAUCCUCUCUGGGGUCUGGAAUCUUUGGUGUCUGCGGCGGAUGUUUUCGCACCUCAGCUACUCGCUCUCCAAGUCUUGUCUCCCCCACCUGCCACGUGGGACCUGCGCGCACCGUCCUCCCCUACACAGGCCACCACCCCUUCCCCAAGCCGCACUAGGACCCAUCUGUCACACAGGUGACAAGAAAUGUGCCACCGGGACUUGAUGAAUACAACCCUUUCUCCGACUCUCGCACGCCUCCACCAGGCAGUGUGAAAAUGCCUAAUGUACCCAACACCCAGCCAGCAAUAAUGAAGCCAACAGAGGAACAUCCAGCUUACACACAGAUCACAAAGGAACAUGCCUUGGCUCAAGCUGAACUGCUCAAGCGCCAAGAAGAGCUGGAGAGAAAAGCUGCAGAGUUGGAUCGUCGUGAGCGCGAGAUGCAGAACCUGAGCCAGCAUGGGAGAAAAAAUAAUUGGCCUCCUCUUCCUAGCAAUUUUCCCGUGGGACCUUGUUUCUAUCAAGACUUUUCUGUUGACAUUCCUGUAGAAUUCCAGAAGACGGUGAAGCUUAUGUACUACCUAUGGAUGUUCCAUGCAGUGACCCUGUUUCUGAACAUCUUCGGAUGCUUGGCCUGGUUUUGUGUUGAUUCCUCGAGAGCAGUCGACUUUGGGCUGAGCAUCCUGUGGUUCCUGCUCUUCACUCCCUGCUCCUUUGUCUGUUGGUACAGACCGCUGUACGGGGCCUUCAGGAGCGACAGUUCCUUCAGGUUCUUUGUGUUCUUCUUCGUCUAUAUUUGUCAGUUUGCUGUCCAUGUGCUCCAGGCUGCAGGAUUUCAUAACUGGGGAAACUGUGGUUGGAUCUCGUCCCUCACUGGUCUCAACAAGAACAUUCCAGUCGGGAUCAUGAUGAUAAUCAUCGCAGCGCUCUUCACAGCGUCCGCGGUCAUCUCGCUCGUCAUGUUUAAAAAAGUGCAUGGACUGUACCGCACAACAGGUGCUAGUUUUGAGAAGGCCCAGCAAGAGUUUGCAACGGGAGUGAUGUCCAAUAAAACUGUUCAGACAGCGGCUGCAAACGCCGCCUCAACCGCAGCAACCAGCGCGGCGCAGAACGCCUUCAAGGGUAACCAGAUGUAGCGAGCCUGGAAGCAGUUCUCUGUUUCCUUAGGACUGUAUCUUUUUCUCCAGUUACUGUAUUCUACAGAUAUUUUUUGUUGGAAACACACAAUACACAAAAGCAUGGGUAUUUCCAAUCCACAUGUGCAUGGUCUAAAAACCAGAGAAACUUCCUUGUCUUAUUACUUUGCCUAAUAGUUUCUUAAUAUUUCCAUGCUCUGCACAGAAGAAAACUAUCACCUGCUAAAUAAAUAUUCUCCAUAUUUUUGGGGGAUGGUGUUCCUCAGAUUAUUUCAGUGGUGACACACUGAAAUGAGUAUGUGACUUAAGAUUUAAAAAGCGCUCGAUAGUAACCACAGAAGUUCUUCCAGGAGUCAGUAGAGAUUCAGACUAUACAUUGGACAUGACACCAUGUUUCUUUCUUUUCCCCCCUCUAUUAAUAACGAAGGAACAAGGUCAGCAAAAGUUUGGGUGUUUUUAAAUUGGCUUGCUUUAUAUGAGGUUCAGUCACCAGAGAAGAGCCUGUGUGCUCUGUAGUAGAUAAUGUAUAUUUUACCUUCCUUUAUUUUAUUUUUAGACUAGUUGAUUAUUUUGAUAACAAUCUCUGAUCUUGCAUGGGCACCACGUCUCUUAAGUGAAAUGAAUUAGUAUUUUGGGUUCUGUACUGCUUAUAGUUGUAGGAUCUGGGGCUCUUUAUAGAAUCAGAAAUGAUUUUCUGUAAUAGUUUCUUUUAAGUAAAAAUUUACUGGAGUAUAAAGACUUUAAUAUAAUGUGCAGUGCAUUAUCCAAAGAGAGGGUAGUGAAUUGAUGCAAUAGAAUAUAGUGAUAAUUUCUUUUCCCUCUUAAUUUUUAGUAUUCAUAUAGUAAAGUUUUACUGUAUGAAAACUUUGAUAUAUUCUUCUGUCUUAUCUUUUUAAUUGAACUAGGAUUUGUGUUUGGCAGCUGUGUGUGUGUGUGUGUGUGUGUGUGUUUGUUUUUGUGUGUGUGUGUGAGAGAGAGAGAGAGAGAGAGAUUGAUUUUGACACAGGUAUUAAGGCUAGCCUAACCCUUGAAUAAAAAGAACACACAGUAUUUAAGGGAUUUUUCUUUUAGCCUCUCACUUUUAGUUACAUUAAAAAUAAAAGACCCUUGUGAUUCUAAUAUGCUUGAUUUCUUAAUGUACCUGUCUUUUACUUUUAAGACAGACUAAAUCCAUGUGAAACAUUGCACCAAGCAAUGGAGAGAAAGCUCAAGUAAUAUAUUCAUUAUUGGUAACAUCCAAUUUACAUUGUUAUGGUGCAGCACAAACUGAUGUGGGUUGAGACUUUUAAUCAUUUUUAAUGCUGAUUAGCUGUCUCAAGAACAUUUGUAAGGCAGACUGUUGUAGUUUGGAAGUCUCACUAGUUUAGAUUGCAAAAUGAUAGAUAGGCUGCAACUUACCCAAGUUGACUUUAAACAAAGAUGGGCUGUCAAAGACAGGAUAUCCUUUAAAAAUGAGCUGAAGUGAGUGGCUGAGCCACUGUACCCUGUCCCCAAGGCUGCAGUCGGGGACUCUGUGCAGAGCUGGGGUGCAGUUCCUUGAGGUCUGUGGUAUUGGAUUAUACAUCUGCCCAUGCAGGGCCAUGCUAGAUUUGCUUGGGAAUUUACUAAGUACAAUAGUCCAAAAAUGUUUCUUUGAUUGAGGAAAAGGUAGAAUUCAGAGUAUGACUUUGGAGUUGUGUUUUGAGUCCCCAUGAGUAGGAUUCCCCUUCGUUCUCACCUGCUCAUGUGUGGCUGCUGAGCGACUGUGCUUCAUCCAGUGUGGUUUGAUGGACACUGAGGUCACUAAGGGUGUAAGAGUUCACAGAAACACCAGUACUUAUAUUCUAAAUCCAGGCUUAUUCUUCUCUGAUGUACAAAUAAGAGACACAUCAGAGAUUCACAAAAUGCUAAUAGUUUUUUAUUUUCAAAAUUGGGAAUGUUCCCUGUCCAUUAUGUGGAGGUCCCCAGAGGUGGUAUUAUUAAAUGGAAAAGAAUAGUUAUAACUCACAUUAUGUUUUUGCGUAUGAACAAGGAAAAUGCUGUUUUCAAUCCAAUUGUUUGGAUUCAUACACGUUUGAAAGAGAUUAUGUUGUUUGAAAACACAAAGGAGCUUUACAGCCAUGGUGGUGUCUGUGGCUGGGUCAGGUGGGAGCGGCUCGAAGCCCUUACCUGCUGUCCUCUCAGCAGCAGUCUGUCAGCAGUGCACUGUGAUUUGGUGAAAGCCUGUUGACGUCUUCUAUUCAAUCCCAAUGUUACUGCAGCCAUGAGACGAGCUGCACGAGGACAGGCAUCCAUGUCACGUCUUAGUUGGCGAUGUUAAAUGGUGACUGUUUUAUUUAAAACUCGGGUCUGAUCACUGGAAACGAUUGCUUGGUGAUUUGUGAUUUGGGGCUCGGUUCAUUGCUCUAGGGAUGUUUGUGUAUUGUGUAGGUGCGUGUACUACUGCGCUGCCCCUGUGGUAUGUCACGGUUCUGUGUAAACGCCCUCCAUGUGGCCCUCUCAUGUUGCAUGUUUUCAGUGGUUUGGAAGUUUUGUAUAUUUAUUGUAUUAAUGCAGAGUGUCAUAAAAUAAAAUAAUGUUUACUGGAUGUUUGUUUGUAUAAUUUUAAAUACUGUAUUAGCAGUUGAGGCACAAAUUAUACUUGUAGCUUUAAUACAGAUACUUAUUUGACUUUUAUUAAAACCAAUCUUUGUACUGUUUUAUCACAUGC